CUCAGGCUUACAUUGCCAUCCCGUGCAGCCCCACCGGCCUGUUUUCCUUCCCUCUCCCCCUCCUGUUUCGCCCGUCCAUCACCGCGUCGCCGGCUGCUUCAUUGAGCGGCAACGGACGACGACGAUGGCGGUACAGGAGGACAAGGCAACCCGCCGCCACUGCUGGACCUGUCGCCAGCGCCGCCUCGUCUGCGACUUCACCCGGCCCGCGUGUCGCCGCUGCACUGCCGACGGCAGGGCCUGUCCCGGCUACGCUGCCGUCAAGCCCGUCCGGCUGGAGUGGCUCGUCCCGGGCCGGAUCAGCUCUCGCGGCCGCCGGCAGCAGCAGCAGCAGCAGGAGGAGGAACAAUCGAGAAAUGGCUGUGAGACGUCGCUUCUUGCCCAGCCGCAGGUGCCAAUAGACAGCGCCACCGCCCACGUGCUGGAGGCUGCAGAAUACUAUAAUACGUGUAUUGGGCCGACGGUCGAGCCGAUGAUGCAGGUGGCCCCCGGGCUGGGCGUGGUGGAGAUCUCGCCCUCCGUCUUCCAUCGCUUCAUGGCCGCGCCGGACUAUGUCCGGCAGAUCGUGGUGUGUUCGGCGCUGGGCCACCGGCUGUGUCGGAGCAGAUACCAGAACAGCCCGGCCACGGCCAUGCUCGAGCAGCGGUUCUUCCGCUCGCGGGGCUUGAUGAUCGCCUCGCUGCAUGACGAUAUCGAUGCCAACCAACUGUGCGAUCGGGUCAUUGUCGGCAUCAUUGCGCUUCUCGUCAUCGACGUCCGGCAAGGCAUCUCUCACCAUUCCUGGCGCCAUCAUCUCGAAGGCAUCCGGAGAAUCAUCAAAAUGCGCGGCGGGCAGCAGCUGUGCGCCUCACUGGGCGUCGUGCCCUCGCUGCUUCAAUUUCUUCUGGGCAGCCUCGCUGUUUUAGGAGACACCACCUCGCCGGCGUCAGAUAUGGCCAUCCGCCCUGACCAUCUGGUCCUCUACAAUUUCCUCGUGGACCGGUACGCCGCCCGCCACGAUCUCUUCACCAUGUUCCCGGCGCCGUUGUUCACCGAGACCAUCCGGAUCAACUAUCUGCGUAUGCGGGCAGCACAUGGAGAUCCAGAUCUUGAUCCUGGGCUCAGGAUUGAGUUGAGGGACGAAGCAGAAGCUAUUCUGGGCCGCUUAUAUGCCUUUUCCCCCGAGAAAUGGGCGCAAUCCAGAUCUUCCUUUCCCUCUCCAUCACCACCGCCAUCUACAACAUAUGAAGAAGACUGCCAGCUCAUCGGCCGCGUCUACCAGACAGCAGUGAUCCUCUACGCCAUUCCCUCGCUGCAAAGUGUCUCGGUCUUGCCAUAUUCACCGUUGUUAUCCCAUGACUGCACGGCCCUCUGCCAGCGGCUGCACACCCUUUUACAGGGAUCCCUCUCGUCCCCGAAAUUCCAGCGACUCCUCUUCUGGCCUUUGAUUGUUCUAGGGGUGCAUGCAAGCAAGGAGAAUCCUGACACUCCCUCUCCCCAUUAUCAAUCAUUUGUCCGUCGGCACCUCCACGAAAUCGGCCGCUUCACAGGCACGUAUAAUGCACAGGCAGCCCUGGAUGUGCUGGACCGGUUCUGGCCCAGGGGGGGUGGAUGGGACGACUGUUUUGAUCGGCCGUAUCUGCUGUAUAGCUCACAGGGGGUUGAUGGGAGGGGGUUGAAAGACUAGUAAUGAUAUGAUAUAAUUAGAAAUAGAAAUAGAAAUCGGAAGAAGUUGAUGGCUAAUACCUAUCUCUAGGC